GAUGUAAUUUUAGGUUUGUUUUGUUUGGUUGGAGGGAAAGUGAAAAAGAAAAUAUCCUUUGUUUUGUUUUGUUUUGUUUUAUUCGUUCUCGUACAUUCCCCCACGCUUUCUUGGGAUCCAAACUGUGAUCAGGGAUAAUAAUCAGUGAAAAAGGAGAAAAUGUGGGGGACUAUGAGGCAACGAGUCAGCUACUUGGCCUUGAGCAGGACUCGACCUGUAGUAUACGCAUCCAGAAGUUAUGCAUCUGGACCAAAGCAGAUGACAGUACGGGAAGCUUUGAAUACUGCAAUUGAUGAAGAGAUGUCUGCAGAUCCUAAAGUUUUUUUGAUGGGUGAAGAGGUUGGUGAAUAUCAAGGUGCCUACAAGAUUUCCAAAGGGCUUUUGGACAAGUAUGGUCCUGGGAGGGUUAUUGAUACUCCAAUCACAGAGGCGGGCUUUGCCGGAAUUGGAGUUGGUGCUGCUUACCAUGGUCUUAAGCCUAUCAUAGAAUUUAUGACAUUUAAUUUCUCCUUGCAGGCAAUUGACCAUAUAAUUAAUUCAGCUGCAAAGUCAAACUAUAUGUCUGCUGGUCAGAUAUCUGUGCCUAUUGUUUUCAGAGGGCCAAAUGGGGCUGCUGCAGGAGUUGGUGCCCAGCAUUCUCAGUGCUUUGCGGCAUGGUAUGGUGCAUGCCCUGGUUUGAAGGUGCUGGUUCCAUAUUCAUCAGAGGACGCUCGGGGCCUGUUAAAAGCUGCUAUAAGGGACCCUGACCCUGUUGUUUUCCUUGAAAACGAAUUGCUAUAUGGUCAGUCUUUCCCUGUUUCAGAGGAAGCUCUUGAUUCCAGUUUCUCCCUUCCAAUAGGGAAAGCAAAGAUAGAGCGAGAAGGAAAGGAUGUAACUAUUGUCACUUACGCAAGGAUGGUUGAUUAUUCUCUCCAGGCAGCUGAAAUACUCGCAAAAGAAGGAAUUAGUGCUGAGGUUAUAAAUCUUCGCUCAAUCCGUCCCCUUGACAGAUCGGCAAUCAAUGCCUCAGUCAGGAAAACUAGCAGACUGGUGACUGUUGAAGAGGGGUUCCCUCAACAUGGUGUUGGCGCUGAGAUCUGUAUGUCUGUUAUUGAGGAGAGCUUUGAUUUUCUUGAUGCACCUGUUGAAAGGAUUGCAGGGGCAGAUAUUCCCAUGCCUUAUGCAGCAAAUCUUGAGAGGAUGGCUCUUCCACAGAUUGAUGAUAUCAUUCGUGCGGCAAAGAGGACUUGCUACAGAUCAGCUCCUAAGGCUGCAGCCGCUUAGCAUGAUCAAGAUUGCUUAAGCAUUUCAUCUCCCAUUUCCAUUUUCAGAAAAGGUAUCUUUUUUAUCCACCUAUGUCUAUGCACACACAAAUGUUGUGCAUUCCCUCAAAAUUCGGCCAACGCUAGUGACAGCUGCUGGUUCAGCACAUUCCUGUCACCGAGAAACAUUAAAAUAAACAUUCUAUUUUUUUUUAUUUAUUAUUAUUAUUAAGAAAUAAGGAUUU